AUGACUCGGUACCCGGCAAGUCUCCAUUUUAAGAACGUGGCACCUACAUUGGAAGAGAAGCAAUCGGUGCUGUUGGUCACCUUUUUCCAGAAGAAGAAUGAAUUCAAUCGGGACGAGACACACACGACAUCUACGCCGCAGCCCACCAGUAACUCGGAAAUCAUCGAUCGUCUGAAUUCAAUUUCAUCUGACGUUGAGAACUUGAAACAGUUGUGCUAUGACUUUUCAAAGCGGGUUAUGGCUGAUCUAGAGCUAUUCAAGAAUACAUUCAUUAUUUCUACAAGAAAUGAUGGAAAAAACACUGAAGACACCACUGAUGCAUUUGGAUUGGAAACGGAUAUUAUCAAGGGGAACUCUGGACACGAGAAUGUUGUUACCGCAUUUAGAACGAAAUCAGAAGCUCUCCAGAAACGUGCAGAAGAUAAAAAUGUCGUCACCGCAUUUAGAACGAAAUCAGAAGCUCUGCAGAAACGUGCAGAAGAUAAAUAUCUUACUUAUAUACAACAAAUAAGAUAUUCAUUGUACCAUAAAUCGCUAUUGGAUAAAGCCGGCAUCACGCUAUUAUCAAUCCCGGCGGAAGAUGAUGACCCUUUUUCACCAAUCAACACUCAAUUUCUAGUUGAGGUUGAUACUGCAGAAAAAAUAAACUUUGCCUUAAGAGAAAAGAAUCAGGUACCGCAAAAGGGUGGAAAGAGUAGUGAAAAUGUUGAACCAGUUAGCACCGCAAUUGUUGUCUUCCGAGAUACCGGGAGCCAAUCUCCCUGUGAUAUUAAUUUGAAAAAAAAAAAAAAAAGACUCGAGGAAUCUUCUCCAAAAGACCUUUCCACUAUGGAUCAUACCAUAAUGGGUUAUACUAAUUGGAUUGGCGAGGGAUUUCUACAGCGAUGCCGAAAAGAGGGUGAU